AUGUUAUGCGAAUGCCACCAGAGAUGUUCGACGAGUAUCACCAAACAGAAUACAACCUACAGAGAUGCCCUCGAUCCUGGCCUGAAGCUUGCUAUCACCCUUCGACAUCUUGCGUCUGGGACCAAGUAUCACUCAAUGUCCUAUGGAUGGAGAAUCCCUCACAAUACUAUACCCCUGCUCAUCCCAGAAGUGUGCCAGGCCAUCAUCGAAGAGUACAAGGGAUUCUACUCCGUUGUCCUCAUGGCGCUCGUAGAUGCUGAUUAUCGCUUCAUCUGGGUAGACAUUGGUGGUAUGGGAUCGGCAUCAGACGCUCAGAUCUACAAUGCUUCUUAG